AUGAAAGAGGUUCAUCAUCAUCACCAUCAGAAGAAGAAGAAGAAUGAACUUCGCUGCGAACCGACUGGUCCGGGCCGACUGACGUCUAAUCAAGGAAUCGUGCGCGUCAACAACCCAGAGAUGGUGGGCCUCUACAUCCGGGAGUACACGCGAACGACUAACGGCUGGCUCAACGUCGUCGAAGUCGUUGUCGGGGCUUUCCUGUGGCUCAUGUUCAGAGCCUUGGACGCCAGCACGUGGAGCGAGCAGCUGCUCUACACCGCAGCUGUAGCCUUCACGACGAACGGGAGCCUCUUCCUGCUCGGCUGCAUCCUCAGCGUACCCACUGCUCUAAUGCUACCCAAGCUACUAUACUUCACCAUCUACCAUCUGGUUGCCGGUGCGUCCUACCUGUACGGGGGCAUCGGCAGUGUGCGCAAUUCUUCGUAUAUAGAUGGCAUCACGGCCAUCGUCUGUGGAUGCAUCCACAUUGCUCACUUCGCGUACACCAUGUACGCGAAGUGA